AUGGCAAUUUUACAUGCUGAUGAACCGGGCAACUGUCCACGCCCAUCUAUCAAACCAGAUAAAAUUGGUGGAUUCUGUGCACACAAUUUUACAUCAGGACCAGCAGCUGGUAAGUUCUGCUGGGAUCGACAACCUGAUUAUAGCGCAUUUAGAGAGAGUAGCUUUGGCCACGGGAUUUUAGAGGUGAAGAAUGCAACACAUGCUCUAUGGACAUGGCACAGGAAUCAAGACAUGUACAACAAAGCUGGAGAUCAGAUUUACAUAGUAAGGCAACCUGGGAAAUGCCCAGUUAAACGCCAGGUAACUAAUCUUUGUUUUUAUAGUAGACGACUUUUGAAUGAAACAACUGGACCAAAACAGCAAUUGCUACAAGGUGCUAGUACAUUUGAAGUGACCGGAGAAAAAGAAGAUCUCAGAUAA